AAUACUUUGACCCGAGGCGACACGUGGACUUUGUUAUUGUACUUGUGCGGGAAGGAUUUUUUUUUCUAAAGUUUUAACCACAGACAUGAAGCGUGUAGCUGACGAAUAAACCGCCUUUGGUAAAUUGCGUGUUUAAGACAGCGGUUAAACCCGACCGUCAGUACUUCACAGUCCAAACACUUCACAGACGGAAUGAAAACCCUUUAAAUGAACGCUGCAAAUGCGAAGAUGGACCCUGCAACGGCCAGCACGACGUCUAAGCCGUUCAUUUUGGAUGGUGGUUUAGCUACAGAACUGGAGGCAAGAGGAUUUCAGCUGCAGGGAGACCCUUUAUGGAGUGCUAAAAUCUUGUACACAGACCCAAAAGCCAUUAAGGAUGUACAUUACAGAUAUCUACAGUGUGGAUCUGAUGUCAUUACAACAGCCACAUACCAGGCUACUAUUGAAGGAUUCACCAAGCACCUGGGUCUCAAACCUGAAGAGGCUGAGCAGUUACUGAUGUCAGGGGUGCAAAUAGCUAAAGAGACAGCAACAGACUUCACGUCUAGCUGUAAAACAGCAGACAGAAAAGUGCCUUUGGUGGCGGGCUCUGUGGGCCCUUAUGGAGCAUUUCUGCAUGAUGGCUCCGAGUACACGGGAGUCUAUGAGAGCUGGAUGAGUGUGGAGGAGCUGAAAGACUGGCAUCGGCCACAGGUUCGUUGCUUAGUGGCUGCGGGAGCUGAUCUCAUCGCCAUGGAGACCAUACCAAGUCUAAAAGAGGCAGAGGCCUUGGUGGAGCUGCUGAGGGAGUUUCCUGAUGCUAAAGCCUGGCUCUCCUUCUCCUGCAAGGACUCUCUGAGUAUUUCAGACGGGAAUAAGUUCUCUGAGGCUGUUGAAGUGGCUAGUAAGUCUACGCAGCUGGUUGCUGUUGGGGUGAACUGCUCUCCCCCUGCUCUGGUGAAACCUCUUCUAGAUUCAGCAAAGUCACAGAAGGCAGCGAGCAUGAGCUGGGUGGUCUAUCCGAACAGUGGCGAGGGCUGGGAUCCCAGUACAGGAUGGAAAAUAGAAGAAAGGGUGCCAUUUACAGAGCUAAGCAUUGAGUGGAAAGAACAAGGGGCUUUAUGGAUCGGAGGCUGCUGUCGUAUUGGACCUGCGGACAUUAUGGAGUUGAGAAGUCGAUUGAUUUAGACAAACUUCAAGCUUAGAUGGAGAUUAUCACACUGAUCGUGGAACAAAGCUCACAACUGAUAUACAAGAAGUUGUAUAAAUAUUUAUUUAUAAAGAAAAAUUACCAACUACUUCCGGCUCAUACUGAUUUCACAUGUAUAUGGGAUUGUCGAUGGCCGCACACUUGCCAUAACACAUACUUCAGAUGUUGCUGUGGUAAAUUAAGAAUGGACAUCACACUGCACAGAACAUGAAAGCCACCAUGCUUUACAUCUUUUCACGAAAAACUUACACGCAAGAUCAGGUCUUCUCUAUUUGAUUUCACAGUUAACCGAAUCUGUCUCAGCUACCUAAAAUAAAAAACGCUUUCUGUU